UGGUUUCGGAGCACUCGACACACAUCGAAUCGCACAGUUGACUAGAUAAGAUAACAUAUCGAUUGGUAUCUUCUCAAUUGGUAAAGUUCCGAGUGCUGCUUAAUAGCCUUUUCAAAUCUCCAUCUUCUAAAUUGACGCUGAUUGCUCGGCUUGUGUCCUGUUAUCGAAUUAACUUCAUUUAUCGUUUGUGUUGAAAUGGAGCAUACGGUCAGUACUUUUCGGAACUACUUCAAAAAGAAAGAGACCGAAGUUGGUACCAAGAGCCCCGUGCCUCAGAUCGGAUUUAGGAUAUCGUUUUGUGAGAGCAGCAAGGAACUGAGUAUUAAGGUGAUUGGUGCUAGGCAGCUACCUACGGAUUAUGCUGGAAUGAGACCUACGGGAUACUUAGUCAAGGUGACAUUUUACCCAAUGAAAGAAAAAUUCGAAACAAAAAUAGCUAAAGACAGUUGGCCUACCAUAAACGAAGAAUUCAAAUUCAACCUAAUUCUGCCUUCAAAACCUUCAGAUGACUUUCUCAAGGGCACGUUUGCGUCAUUCACUGUAUAUGCUGUUAUGGGUAAAGAAGAAGACGAGGAAACAGAUCAAGGAGCUAAAAGACUGCCCCUCAAGAGCCUCUAUUAUCGCCCAAAGAACGUUAAGCAACUUUGAGAACGCGAAAACCCAUGGACAGCUGGUAUUUUCUUUAUUCAAAACGUAUUUGUCUUUCAAUGACACAAUGGACGAAAUCAUGGUCAGAACGAGAAGUAGCUUUAGGAAACCGAACUCAAGACGAAGAUGUAGUCAAAACGCUGUAAACAAUCGGAGAAUUAUAGGAACAGUAACAUAUAAUCUUGACAAGAAAUCCUUCACACAAAGGCUGAGAAGCAAUAUUGUGAGCACCCCUGAUAUAUGGAGGAACGUGUCUGAGAUUACCAGCGGAUUCCAAACGCAACCGAGAGAUGGAGUCAAAGGAUGUGUAGAACUGACGCUUCAAUAUGGUAUCAGCGAAGACGGUACCAAUGAUGUGGUAGAAGUAAGCAUAACUAAAUUCCGAUGCAGCUUGCAAACGAUGAGGCAGCAUGAAAAAGUUGGUGGUCAACUUUACCUCAAAAUAACGGCAUUCGAAGACGAGGAUCUCGUGCAAAAAAUGAAGAGCGACAAGUUUGACCCAACGAUCAGCCUCAGACUAGAAGCUAGCUCGUCCACACUCAGGGCAACCGUGAACAAGUACAACAUGCAACACAUGAAGAUUAUGGUGAGGCUAAUGUCGAGGAACCUUGUAGGAAAGAAGACGCUUCUGGGAAAAAUUGAGAUUGAUCACAAGAGUGCCUUUUGGAAGGAAGUCGUGUCAUCUCCGUCUACUCCUAUAACCAAGAUGGUGAAUUUUGAGUGAAGGAAUCGUGGAUAUAAACUCUAAUGCUUCCCAUGAAGACUAGAUAUAAGAGGUUAAACUUAAAGGAAUACACCUGUUCGUAUGAAGCCAAUACUGGCGGUAAGGAGAGGGAGAGAAAGAUGCCAUAUGCACAAGACCUAAAAUUUACUUCAACUGCUAUAGCGGAUGCAUUCUCGGCAUUUUUUGCUUCACCUGCACUCAAUAACUUUACCCUCAUACAUCUAAUCUUCAUGAGGCCCGUAAUACGGCUCAUUCGUAAAAUCAUUCGGACUUGUCAAAUACGUCUAAAUUUCUUGCCUUUUAGUGACUAAUGAGUUUAUAGUAUAAGAAAAGUCUAAUUUGGACAACAGCAAACAUAACCAAAGCGGAUACUACUGUUCAAUUCUUAACGGUUUGCAUCUAUUCGUAUAAAUGCACAAAAUAUCCAAAUGCAAGGACUUCACACAUCUUCACAUGAAAUUGACCAUUGUAAAUGGACGUGAAUGUGUGUGUAGUGAAGUUGCGAAGUAGUAUUUUUAUGCGAGCAAUUGCCUUCUUUUUCGGACCAUGGCGCAUAGAUUGUUGGGACCAAUCUAUACUGAACUAAUCUCAUUACCAUCUUUUUAUUUCGUCGUUAUACUGGAUCCUUGAUUGUUAAUAGAUUAACAUAAAGUAUCAUAAACUGUAUCAAAUGGCCUUGUUUGAUUUUCUAUUAAUCCAAUGUUGAUUUUGAUGAAGACUUGUUCUAGUUAAUAGAUAUUACUAUUUAUACUCUAUCGAUACUACCAUAAAUGUAUAUAUAUACCAUCUAGAUCUAUAACUAAAUGCGUGUAUAUUGCAAACCACAUGUAUAGACUUUAACUUCUUUAAUUUGUCCUUGCCCCUCUAAUCCAUACCGUAACUACUAAUUUUCUACGAAAAACCCAAUGUUUUGAUUUUCAUCGUCACCGUUCAAACGAAACUUGAUGGAAACAAAUUGACAUAGUGACUGACAUUUGUGUUCUCGGAAAAAAUGGUUGUUGCAUAACAUCUUUUUUAUACUAAUUAGUUGAUCAACUUUAUGAAUAACUUAACAAUGUCGGUUACAUUUUCAAAAGUGCACAAAGCAAUCGAAAGCACAGUCUUAUUGAAGUUAUCCCUUUAAGAUAACUGAAACAAAUGUUUCUUAUAAACCCAGAAGCACUGUGAAUCCUUAGCUUGUAUUUCUUUUUGGAUUUUUUUAAUGGUAGUGAAUAAUCUGAAUGAACAUUUAGUUUGAAUAUGCCCUCCAUCUACUACUUCUGCAUUGUCGUCAUCCUUUCUGUUUACAUCUCAUUAUCAUUAUAAUAGGAUAGUAUCUGAUCUAUUACUGUAUUAUCAUUAUUAUUUAUUUUAUUUAUCUUAGAAAAGUCAAUAUACUCCGACAGACGGCUAAAGUAUUAAAUUAUCUUAAAUU